UGAUUGUUUGUCGUUUAGAUUGAGUUUUCAAAAGUGUAUUUCUUUGAUAGACUUCUUAGUUAUUUGUUUCUUGUUUUCCAGUCACAAAUUACCAGAAAAAAAAAAACCAAGAUAAAAACUAAAGUUGAAAUCUUUCACAUUGUUUAUCCGUUGGUCUCGAAUUUCUGUCUUUCAGGGUUACCUGUUGAUUUCAUAUUUUGAUUGAUCGUGACCAUCCGCUCAAGUAGUCGCUCUCUUUGUUUAGUUAAAUUCUUGCAGUGUUUUUGAACUGCUGAUAAGAGAUUAUUAUUCGGCAUCUGGUUUAGAGGUCAUUUACAUCACUCUAUUCAUUGAAGAACUCACCAUUAAGAUCGCCAGUUUUCCUACAUAAAAGUCUCUGUCAGUGCACUAGAGGAAGAGACGUGGACGAGAGAAGGAAUGGAUGUCCUCAUUCAAUUUACAGCAGAACUAGCAAAGUGUACCAUCGUUCCUAUUGUACAUGAAGCAGGUUAUUCUCUAUUGUACAAAAGAAAUUUCAAGAAGCUAGAAAACCGUGUUAAGGAACUUGAUGCUGCAAGAGUAAGAUGGGACCAUUCUGUUCAAGAUGAAAUAGGGAACGGUAAAGAAAUUGAAACUGAUGUAGUGAACUGGUUGAAGGAUGCGAAUGAGCUCAUUGAAAAGGCAAAUAAGCUUCGUGAAGAUCCUCGUCGUGCUAAUGUCAGGUGCUCUAUAAAUUCUUUCCCCAAUUUGAUUUGGCGUCAUCAACUUAGUAGGAAAGCCUUCAAGAUUUCAGAAAACAUUUUUGAAAUACAAGGAAAAGGAAAGUUCGAUCGAGUUGGUUACCUUCCUACACUAGAUCAAAUAACCUUCUCUUAUUCUUCUACCACAAGGAGGUUAAAGCUUGAGACCAGGGAAUUGUUUAUAGACAAAAUUCUAAAGGCUUUACUAGACCUUAAUGCACAUAACAUUGGGGUAUAUGGGCUAGAUGGUGCGGGUAAGACCACCGUGGUGGAGGAAAUUGCUGAAACAACUAAGCACAAAAAAAUGUUUGAUGCAGUUGUUAUGGCCAAUGUAUCUAGAAAUCCAGACAUUGAGAGAAUUCAAAUGGAGAUUGCAGAGCAGUUGAAUCUUACAUUUAUUGAGAAGACUAUUGUUGGGAGAGCAAACCGUCUAAGACAAAGAAUCAAAGCUGAGAAAACUAUCCUAGUCAUUCUAGAUGAUAUUUGGCCUACAUUUGAAUUGGAGAAAGUAGGAAUUCCAUUAGGAGAUGAUCGUACAUCUCGCAUUCAAAAUAAACAAAAUAUUGAGCAAAAUGUGAAACAAAAUGUCUGCAAAUUGUUGAUGACCUCCAACAAUAAGGAUGUGCUCUUGGAAAAGGAGGUUGAAGAAGAAUUCACUUUCAGACUGGAACUGUUGGGUGAAUUGGAAACAUGGCACUUGUUUCAAUUUAUGGUUGGCGACAAGGUUAAAGAUACUAGUUUACAAAGUUUAGCUCCUCAAGUUGCCCAAAAAUGUGCAGGCUUGCCUCUUCUCAUUGUGACAGUGGGAAGAGGUUUGAAAAAUAAGGAUAUUCGUGUUUGGGAAGAUGCAUUACGACAAUUAGAAAGUAAUAGUCAUGCAGGAAUGGAUAUGAAAACUUAUUCUACUUUGGAGUUGAGUUACAACUUGUUAGUGAGUCAAGCAAUGAAGGAUAUCUUCUUGCUUUCUUCUACACUACAAGAUAUUGAUACAGAGUACUUACUGAAAGUUGCUAUGGGUUUGAACAUUUUCAAAGAUAUAAAUACUGUGUAUCAUGCAAGAAACACACUUCACAGUAUAAUCCUAUCUCUGCAGGCUUCUUGUUUGUUGGAUAAAUGUAACACGAGUGGGAAGAUCCAAAUGAAUAACUAUGUUCGUGAUGUAGCAGUUUCCAUAGCACUUAGGGAUCAACAUGUAUUUGUGAAGGAAAAACUAUCUGACUUGAAGGAGUGGCCAACAAAGGAUUUUCGAGAAAGCUCACAGAUCAUCUUAUAUGGCUGUAAUGUCCGCAAGCUUCCUGAAAGGUUAGAUUGUCCUAAUGCUAAGUUUUUCUUCUUCGAGAGUGUGCAACCCUCUGUAGAGAUCUCAAAUAUUGUUUUUGAGGGUAUGGAAAGCCUACAGGUGUUGGAUUUAAAAGGCUUGAACUUGUCUGCAUUACCAACUUCUUUUCAGUCCAUAUCUAGCCUUCAAACAUUGUGUUUGGAUCAUUGUGUUUUGGAAAAUAUGGAUGCAAUAGGAUCUCUGAGAAAUCUAGAAAUUCUCAGCCUUGUGAAAUCUUCAAUGAUCAAAUUACCAAGCGAAAUAGAAAAACUGACUAAACUAAGAAUGCUUGAUUUGAGUCAUUCUGGAAUAGAAGAAAUCCCGCCAAACAUCAUAUCAAGCUUGACUACACUGGAGGAGUUGUACCUGGGCCAUACCUCUAUUAAGUGGGAAGAAGAGAAUUCACCUAAGCAAAACAAAAACGCUAGCCUUGCUGAGCUUAGACAAUUGUCAAACUUGACUGUUCUAGAGUUACAAAUUCCUGAGAUUUGGGUUUUGCCUAGGGACUUGAAAUUGAUGUUUGAGAAACUGAAAAAAUUCAAAAUAGUUAUUGGAAAGGUAUGGGAGUGGGUUCAAAUGGAGAAAGGAAACUUGAAUACAUUGAUGCUAAAAUUGGGAACAAGCAUACAUUUGGAGCAUGGGAUUAAAGCAUUGAUUAAACGGGUUGAGAAUUUAUACUUGGAUGAAGUAGAUGGCAUUCAAAAUGUGCUUUUCCAACUCAAUUGGGAAGGAUUUCCAUUGUUGAAGCUCCUCCACAUACAAAAUAAUGCAAAAAUGAAGCACAUAGUUGACUCCACAGAGAGGAAUACAGUCCAAGUUUGCUUUAUCAAUCUGGAAAAACUUCUACUUGAGAAUCUUAAAAAUUUGGAGCGAAUAUGUCAUGGCCGACUUGAAGCUAAUUCCUUUGGAAAGCUUAGUGUUAUCAAAGUCAACAAUUGUGUCCAAUUAAAAUAUCUUCUCUCCUAUUCAAUGGUUAUGGGACUUUCUCAUCUUUCUGAGAUUAAAGUUUGUCAAUGCACUUCUAUGACGGAGAUAAUACUCGAAGAUCGUGAUUCAAGUGGAGAUAAUGACAUAACUAAUGAAAAAUUCGAGUUUCCUUCUUUGCAUUCUCUGAUUUUAGAACAUUUGCCCAAACUUGAUAAUUUCUUCUCUUAUGAGUCGAAGUCUUCCAAGAAUGAGCGGAAGCAUCAAAGGUUGGAGAUGUAUGUUCCUGCACUAUUUUUUGGGGCUCAGGUUGCACUUCCUAAUUUGGAUACCCUUACCUUGAGCUCAUUAAAUUUGAGCAAAGUUUGGGGUGACAAUCAACAUUCCUUUUACAAAUUGACAAAUUUGGUUGUGGAUAAUUGUGGUGAGUUAAAGUACUUAUUCUUGUCCUCCAUGGUUGGAAGUUUUAUAAACCUCAAACGACUUGAAAUUAGUAAAUGUUCUUUGAUGGUGGAGAUAAUAGCUACAGAAAAAAAAAAAAACCUUACUGAUGCAUCAAAAGAGGUUCGAUUCUCCAAAUUAGAGGAAAUCAUAUUGAAUGACAUGGAGAACUUGAAGACAAUAUGGCACCGCCAGUUUGACUCAUUGAAGACGUUGAAAGUGAAUAAAUGUGACAAAAUCACAGUAGUUUUUCCUUCUUCAUUGCAAAAAACAUACAAUAAUCUAGAGAUGCUAGAUAUUACAAACUGUGCUUCAGUGAAAGAGAUAUUUGAAUUGAAUUCCACUGAAAAGGGAAGUAAAGAGGAUGCAACAAAUCUGAAAGAAAUCACUUUGAGUAAAAUGCCAAAGCUAAAAAAUAUAUGGACUAUGGAUCCUCAAGGGAUUCUUAGUUUUCAUAAUCUAGAAAAUGUAGAUGUAGAUGAUUGUGGAAGCAUGGAAUAUCUAUUUCUGCUUUCUGUAGCCAUUUGUUGCUGCUCACAUCUUAAAAUACUUAAUUUGUUAUCGUGUGAGAACAUGAAGGAAAUUGUUGCAGUGAAGAAAGGAUCUGGGUCCGCAACCCCCAUAUUUGAGUUAAAUCUGCUGAAUACCCUAAUGCUUUUGUACUUACCUAAACUCGAGCGUUUCUCUGCAGGAAAUCCUACUUUAACUUUUCCAUCUUUGAGAAAACAAUUUGUUACAUGUUGUUCAAAAUUGAACUUAUUCAAAACUUCAAUUACAAGCAUCCACAAAAAGUUUCAAAAUGGAAAACUCCAUAUCGCAGAAGAAGUACCACUUCUCAUAGUUGAAAAGGUGAUUCCAGAGCUGGAGGAAUUGAUUAUUGACUAUAGGGAUGCUAAAAUGAUUUUGGAAAACAACAAUUUGGGUUUUAUCUUCACCAAAAUUACAUAUCUUGGACUCUUUGAAUUUGUAAUUGAAGAUGCUAUUUUUCCUUAUUGGUUUCUCGGAAAUGUGCCUACUCUUAAGUGCCUAGCUGUUUGUUUUAGUUCCUUCAAGAAGAUAUUCCCAGAUGGAAGAUCGGUAACCAAGGAAAGUUACACAAGGCUGAAAUGGUUGAAACUUAGUUCUUUGCCUGAACUUCAAAAUAUAUGUGAAGAAGGAUACCAAAUCGAUCCGGUUCUUAAAAAACUUGAAGACCUUGAAAUUGAUGAAUGUCCUAGUUUGACGAUGUUGUCACCUUCCUCUGGUACUUUUAGUCACUUGACAAAUUUGACAAUAAUAAAUUGCCAUGGGUUGAUGAAAUUAAUUACAUCUCCAACAGCGAGAAGUCUUGCCAAGCUCACAACAAUGAUAGUAAAUAACUGUAAUUCACUUGAAGAAAUAAUCACAGGAAGUGAAGAUGUUGAGAUUGCACUUACUAGUUUGGUAACAUUGAUGCUUGUAUGUUUGCCAAGGCUCAACAAAUUUUGCUCUGGUAAGUGCUUAUUGAAACUUCCACUGUUGGAGGAAGUAGUUGUGAGAGAAUGUCCUCGCAUGAAGAUUUUCUCUGAGGGAAAUGUGAGCUCUCCAAUUCUUCAAAAAGUGAAAACUGCGCAAGAUGUUGGGAAAUGGCAUUUGAAAGGGAACCUAAAUGAUAAAAUAAAGAAUAUGUAUGAAGAUAAGGUUGCAUUUUGUGAAUUUGAACAUUUAAGAUUGUCUGAAUUCCCUGAACUGAAGGAUCUGUGGUAUGGCCAACUUCACCCCAAUGUGUUUUGCAAUUUGAAAUCACUAAUCGUGCAACGAUGUGAUUUUUUGUCAAAUGUACUUUUUCCAUCAAAUAUAUUGCAAGUGCUUCUUCGACUCGAAGAGCUUGAAGUGAGAGACUGUGAUUCAUUAGAAACAGUUUUUGAUGUGAAAGGUAUUCAAUCUAAAGAAAAAUUGGUGAAGCAAAUUGGUGAAUUGAAAAAAUUAACUUUGUCUAGCUUACCAAAACUGAAGCACAUAUGGAAUGAGGACUCUUGUGAAAUUAUCAGCUUUGGAAAAUUAGAAAUAGUGGAUGUUUCUAAAUGCCAAAGCUUGUUAAAUAUAUUUUCACUAUCACUAUGCCAAGAUCUUCGACAUCUUGAAAUACUCAGGAUAUGGAUUUGUCGACAGGUUAACGAAAUUGUUGCAAUGGAAAAUGGGUCAAUGAAAAAUAGCAUUAGUUUUCCUCGACAUUAAUUGGUUUGACAAACGUCAAGAGUUUUUAUCCAGAAAAACACACAUUAGAGUGCCCUUCAUUGAAUGUGUUAAAAGUGUAUCGAUGUGAAGCAUUGAAGAUGUUUUCCUUCAGUCCUUUAUGCUGCAAACAGCCUGCUCAGGUGGAUGAAAUUCAUGAUAUGCCAUUCCAAAUACCUCUAUUUUCUAUUGAAAAGGUAAGCCCCAACUUGAAAGAUUUGGCAUUAUGUAGCAAGGAUGCAUUGAAAAUAUUGAAUGGUGGUUGUCUGGAAAAUAACUUUCAGAAAGUUGAAGUUCUUCGUUUGCACCAUUUCGACGAAACUCCAGUUACUUUUUUGAAUGGUUUCCAUGCAAUGUUUCCCAAUGUGGUAACGCUUCAAGUGCGUGGUAGUUCUUUUGAAACAUUGUUCCUCUCAGGAGGAAUUGAUCAUAUAAAUUCACAAUCUCCCAAGAAAAUACAAAAUUUGUGGCUUUUCGAAUUAGAACAACUCAGAUUUAUUUGGCAGGAAAACUUUGCAGGAGAUCAUUUUGUAGUGCAAGAUCUUGAAGGUUUGACCGUACUCAAUUGUCCCAAUUUGAUAACCUUGGUACCAUCAUCAUUGUCUUUAAAAUAUUUAACCGAUUUGGAGGUUAACAAUUGCAAAGGUUUGAUUUAUUUGAUAACAACCAAAACAGCUAAAAGUCUUGUACAACUCAAAAGAUUAGUCAUAGCAAAUUGUGAGAUGAUGUUGGAUGUUGUCAAGAUUGAUGAAGAAAAAGAAGAGGAAGAAGUCAUAUUUGAAAACUUGGAAUUCAUGGAAUUCUUUUCUUUGUCUAGUUUGGGAAGCUUCUGCAAUGGGAAACAAACAUUCAUAUUUCCGUCGUUGCUGCAUUUUGUUGUUCAAGGAUGUCCUCAGUUGAAGAUUUUCUCAUCAGGAGUCACAAUAACACCAUUCCUAACAGGGAUUACACUUAGAGUCGAAAACCGAAGAAUACGGUGGAAAGAUGAUCUUAACACCACUAUUGAACAGCUGUUCAUAGAGAAGGAAGUCUCGCGUUCUAUUGAGAAAUAAGACCGUCAUAUUCUCACAUGCAGAAUUGAGGUGAAGCCUUGUAAUAAAUGCAACAUGAUACUUAUUGUGCAAAUCACCACUGAUGUUAUAAACCUUGGAUCUCAUAAGGCCACAAAAAAUUGGAAAGAACAGAACUUUUGUUCUAGCAUAGGAGAUGCUCUUAAUUAUGGUCAUUUUGCUAACUGUUGUAGCAGUCAACAUUUGUUUGAUAACUGCUGUAUUAAUAUUGAAUUCUGUAAUAAAACAUGUUGAACUUUUCGAAUUCUUAAUUCAC